AUGUCAGACCUUCCGGUAGACGUAAUCGCCGAUAUACUAUCAAGAUUACCGGUGAAACCCCUUCUGCGGUUCAGGUGGGUAUCAAAACCAUGGUGUGCUCUGAUCCACAGCCCACAUUUCCACCAAUUGCAUCUGAAUCGAUCCGUCGAAACCAAUUCCAAUCUCAGCUUCGUAUUUGAAGAUGGUCUCUACUCCAUAGACUUGGACUCGCUCAAUGUUGCCGUGAAGCUUGACCACCUCUUGAAGUCCCAAGUAUAUGUAUUGGGCUCCUGCAAUGGCUUGCUCUGUUUAUCUGACUUUCACAACAAAAUUGUCUUCUUGCUGAACUUUUCGACCCGGAAACACCACAAGUUAGCGGUCGCACCAAUCGAGUUCCCGCACAGACCACACAUUGGGCCAUUUAUACUUUAUGGGUUUGGUUAUGAUUCUGACGGUGAUGACUACAAGGUGGUUGUGCGCCAAGGCGAGGCAAAAUUGAUUGUUGCUUUUGAUCUUGGGAUUGAGGAAUACCGGUUGGUGCCACAGCCUGAUUAUUUGUAUGAGGACAUCGAUAUGUUUGUGGGGUCAUUAGGAGGAUGCCUUUGCAUAAAUUGCAAUUAUGCUAGAGACCGAGUUGAUGUGUGGGUGAUGAAAGAGUAUGGGGUGAAGGAAUCUUGGACUAAAUUGUUUUCCGUUGAGCAAUUUAAUUAUGUGAGGCCUCUAGCAUAUUCAAGGACUGGUGAGGUAGUACUUCUGGACCAGGGCCAUGCAAAGUUUUGUUUGUUUGACUUGAAAAGGAAAACACUCAAGAAUGUUGGGAUACCUGGUUUCCCGACUUCCAUUCGUGGAAGUUCAAUUUGUGUGGGAAGUCUAGUUCCACUCCCGGUGGAUGAGAUGGAAAAAGCAGCAAGCACAAGAGAAGGUAGAGUUCAAGAAGAACUUGGGAUUUCAGCCCAGUACCUAAUUCCUUUCCAUUGUGACAAUCAGGCAACUAUUCAUAUUGUUAGCAAUCCAAUCUACCAUGAGAGGACUAAACACAUUGAAGUAUAUUGCCAUUUCAUUCGAUCUAAAGUUGACUCGAAUGAGAUUGUUACACCUUUUGUUCCUUCUGAUAGACAAUUGGCAGACAUCUUCACUAAAGUGCUUCCCAAGAACUCUAUUGAUUCCAUAUGUGGCACACUGGGAGUAGAUAACAUUUACUCUCCAGCUUGA